GGCGCGGCCUCCCCGGCUGGCCUGCACUGGCGGCCCUCAUCCCGCCCCUGUGCGGGGCUCCGCGGCCCUCUUGGUCCCGCCCUCCCUCCUCCGCCCUUCCUCCUCUGCGCCGCUGUGCACCGCCCUCCCUGCCGGGCCAGGCCGGCGUGCGCCCUCCCCGCGCGUCUCUCUGCCGGCUCAGCCCUCCGCGCGCCGCCCUGCGGCCCGGCCUCCUCAGCCCCGGCCCGCCGCUCGCCCUCCGCCGCCGCUCGCUGCGGCCGCCUCCGCCACUGCCUCAGCCCGGGCGGGCCGGGCCUCCGCCGCGGACCGUGCACCGGGACGGCGAGGACAGGCUGCGAGCGCACUGUGUUUCCGAAGCCAGAGCCAUGACCUGACACCCUAAUGCCUGCUGUCAGGGCCCCUGCACGACUGGCACAUACAUCAUGGAACUUAAAGUGUGGGUGGAUGGAGUUCAGAGGAUCGUCUGUGGCGUCACGGAAGUCACAACUUGCCAGGAGGUUGUAAUAGCCUUAGCCCAAGCUAUAGGUCGAACUGGAAGGUACACACUUAUAGAGAAAUGGAGAGACACGGAACGGCACUUGGCACCGCACGAAAACCCCAUCGUGUCCUUAAACAAGUGGGGGCAGUACGCAAGCGACGUGCAGCUCAUCCUGCGCCGGACUGGGCCGUCUCUCAGUGAGCGGCCCACCUCAGACAGUGUGGCCCGCAUCCCUGAAAGAACUUUGUAUCGACAGAGCCUCCCCCCCUUAGCCAAGCUCCGGCCUCAGGUGGACAAGUCCAUCAGAAGGAGAGAGCCUAAAAGGAAGUCUCUCACCUUCACAGGGGGCGCCAAGGGGCUGACUGACAUUUUUGGGAAAGGUAAAGAGACUGAGCUUAGGCAGAAGGUGCUGAGUAGCUGCAGGGCCUCGGCCGAGGAGCUGAAGAGGCUGAUCCGGCUGCAGACCGGGAAGCUGCAGGCCAUCGAGCAGCAGCUGGAGUCCAGCGAGGCGGAGAUCCGCUUCUGGGAGCAGAAGUACAGCUGCGGCCUGGAGGAGGAGAUCGUCCGCCUAGAGCAGAGGAUCAAGAGGAAUGCCGUGGAGAUCGAGGAGGAGGAGUUCUGGGAAAACGAACUGCAGAUCGAGCAAGAAAAUGAGAAGCAGCUGCAGGGCCAGCUGGAGGAGAUACGGCAGAAAGUGACCGACUGUGACGGCAGGCUCAAGGACUACCUGGCCCAGAUCCACACCAUGGAGAGCGGCCUCCAGGCUGGGAAACUGCACCGGGAAGUUCAGGAGGCUCAGGUCAACGAGGAAGAGGUGAAGGGGAAGAUUGAAAAGGUCAAGGGGGAGAUGGACCUGCAAGGGCAGCAGAGCCUGAGGCUGGAGAACGGCAUUAGAGCUGUGGAAAGGUCCCUGGGGCAGGCCACCAAGCGCUUACAGGACAAGGAGCAGGAGCUGGAGCAGCUGACCAAGGAGCUGCGGCAGGUCAACCUCCAGCAGUUCAUCCAGCAGACAGGGACAAAAGUCACCGUGCUGCCGGCUGAGCCCGCCGGAAUCGAGGCCUCGCAGGCAGACGCAGAGACAGAGGCGCCGUUCCAGUCUGGGUCCCUGAAGCGACCUGGUUCAUCUCGGCAGCUUCCCAGUAAUCUUCGUAUUCUACAGAACCCUGUCUCCUCUGGUUUUAAUCCUGAAGGCAUCUAUGUAUAACACUGUCUUUGGGAGAAGGAUCCAGCUAAGGUACCAUGGACGGUAAAAUCCUUCAGUUUGUGCCAACUGAACAGAGGGUGUGUUCCCACGCCAUAUCCUCUCUCUCAGCCACACACCACUUAGAGCCACACCCCGUGCACUGAUGCUGAACGUGGAGCCGGUUCACUCUUGCAGUAUUGACGUGUUGUCCAGCAACUCGAAUACAAAGCCUUUGUUUUUAUUUUGUAGCAUUUUGAGAGCAUUAGGAAAGCAUUAAUCUAUGUUUAUACAUGAAUAUACCCCGAAUUAAGAGCAAAGAAGUUAUGUGACUGCUUAGUUUAAUUUAUUCCAUGUAGUUGAUUAAUGUAUGAAUGUUGUUCUUUAAUGUUUUAUUAAUACUUACCCUGUGACUUGAUUCUGUCAGACAUUGUGGGAUUCUGGCUGUGCAUGUCUGCAGACUCACGCAGUUUGCCCAAGCCUUGUGGGCCGCUCCACCAUCUGACUGACCCUGUGGCCCCGCCACACUUACGUGGAGCCCGCUUAGCUCUUGCUUACGUGAGAUAGUUCAGCUUGCUUUCUAGUCUGGAAGUUAAUUGUUCCUUUUCAGUAUUCCGAACAUGACAUCACAGAAACAUCAUCAAUGAAGUAAAUUAUUCAUGUAAAAUGCUUGUGCUCACUGACGUCUCGGUGCACUCUGGGAGGCUCUCCUGCCUUGCUGCCUUCUCCCAUGGGUCCUCACGGGAAGGUCCUGUGAGGAGGAGGGGCCUGGGAUCCGGUCGGUGCACUUUGGGAGUCGUGCGCCUGGUGAUGCGCUUCAGAACAACCCGCUUCCUCCGUGAACUCUGUGCCACGCACAGCAGGGGAGUGCUGCUUGCCAAGGCUUCCGACGUGGACACAGACGGAGAGAGCACUGGGGUCGGGAUUUUACCAAGGAGAUAAAAUUAAAUUCAGAGUAUGUUUUUUAUUUUUAAGUUUGACUUUAUAGGAUAUUAGUCUCCAUUUAUAUUUAUAUCAUUUGUGUAUAAAGCCAAAAAUGAGUCAGUACUUUUCUGGUGAGCAGUGACUUUACUGUGUUCACCAGGAAUAUCUAGACAGGUGCUGCCAGGUGCCUCAGCCCUUCACCGUCUCUCUGAGCAAAUUUGAUACAAUGUAACUAAAAUUUUAACCUGAACUCUAAAGAAGCUUUUAUUCCUGAAAAGAAUGCAUCCUCUGUAUUAUUUACAUGCAACAACGUGAGCGUGAGUUAGCAUAGUGAUGUCAUAACAACGCUCACAGUGAGGUGAGGUGUGUGACCACCUCCGACUUCCUUUUGGUUUAAUGAAUGUUUAAUGAAGCCAAGAAUGCUGCUUCCAGUGAAAAGAUUUAAGAAUGGCUGUGAAGUAGUAGACACUUGCAGAGAACUGAAAUUCGUGCAAUGUUGCCUUCUUACCCAAGUGAAUCACAGACCUCAGCUGAAAGUCCACUUACCCAGUAGGUCUUGCUGUUACUGCCUUGCAGAUGACUUGAGAAGUAAAUUAUUCUUUCUGAAAUAACCACCGCCUGAACACAUUUGCUCCACAUUUGUAACAAUUGUUUCAUAUCUAUAUACAUUUAAAAAUAAUAAUUCAAAGUCAAAGUAAUUUGUAACUUUUGGUGACACUGGUAAGUCCACACCUCAGAACCUGCCUUCCUCUCAGACUUCCUCUCCUGAGUCAUUGCACUGUUCAGAUAAAUUGAAACCUUGCUCAUAAAACAAAACAUUGUACAAAUGGAUUAGCUUUGAUUUAAACCAAAAUGUUGGCUGUGGGUAGGUUAAACUCUGAAACACGAGAUGAAGCUGGGCGUGGUGGCUCAUGACCGGGACACCUACACUGAGGCUGAGGCAGGACACUUGUCACGGGGCCCAGGCUAUGCUAAGUCACAGGGGAAGUUCUAGGAUAGCCUGGGGUCUGCUGUGAGACUCUGUGGAAAGAAAGGGAAAUGCACAGCUCCCUCGGCAUUCCUGGUCCGCACACUCAGUUGUGAACUGCCUGACGUAGGAGGAACCUAAGGCGGGGCGCUCUUCCCCCAGCUCCCAGCAGCCCUGGCACUCCACCGCCACUGUCACCUCUGAACUCGGAAGCUGCCAGCUACUCUGCAGGCCUCCUUGAUGGGAGGGUGCAGCCAUGUGAAUUCACAAACACACUGAGUAGCUGUGCUGUGUCACAGUCACCGGACCUUCACAGACACACCAUUGUCCAGUGUUUUCUAAAUCUUUUUUUUAGCUGGGAGUGGGGGGACAACUAAUUUGUGUGGGAACACCUGAAAAUAUUUUAGUCUGCUGUCACAGUUUUUACCUAUUGUGACUAUACAUGAAUUGGCUUAUGAACACUACCUUUGGCUACGUGUCAGAGGGGUGCAGCCAAUGGUAUUCAAAAACUACCAAUUGUAAAAUUUUGCAUAUGGAGAAGUAUACAGGUUCUAAAUAAUAUAGAUCACAAAUUUUUGUGUCUUUUUAAUUAGUGCUUCAGGUUAUGUGGUUUUUCUACAGGUAUUAAAUAAAUUACAAGUUUUUUUUCUUACCAAUGAAUAAUUUGAAUAUCAUUGGUCUAUUUGACCUAUAGAGCAUCCUCUUUCUCAGAGAAUCAUCCACAGUGGGUUACCUCAGUUUUUUUGUGUGUGUGGGUUCUUUUUGUUUUUUUGUUUUUUGUUUUUUGCAUUUCUUUUAUAUUUUAUAUUUUGGCUGUUAGUGUUCCUUUUUUGUCUCAGUGAACAGGGAAGUUUUUAUAUGUGAGGCUUCAGUUGGUGUUGAUAGAGGCUGCCCUCUGCCUGUUCAGACUGUUAGAUAACUAUCAGUGAGCAGAGCUCCUCUCAGCAGAGUCUGCACAGUGAAUCAGCUGCCACUGAGGUCCUCACUGCAGAGCGUAAGCAGCACAGACCACAGAUCACUGCUCCACAGCGCAGUCCUGCGGUGACACAGCUGUUUGUAAGUGCAAAGAGGUCUGCAGAGACAAGAGCUCUUCACUUAGAGUGACUUCAGGAGCACCUUUCCAAGUUAGGACCUUGAUAGAUUGAGAAAAUGAAGUGGAUAAGACAAAGGCCUGAUUGCAGGUGGGCACAGGGGGGCAGGCAGUUAGCACUGGGCAUUGCCUUAAUGUAUAUUAAAAGAUGCUGUGUGCUUCCCAAAGCCUGUCUUGACCGGUAGAUACUGCGGUGAGGCUAGCUCAUGAGUAUUCCUUUUGUAUCACACCAGUGUUUUUAAGUUGUGUGUUUGUGCUGUCUGCUGUGGUAUUUUUAAGUUCUGGUAGAAGGCUGCCGGCUGUGUCAAGUCAGGGCCAUCAGUAUUUCCUCAGUAUUGCUGCUCCACGUUCCCCAGUGCGCCUUCAAUGCCAGGACAGCAGCCGCGUCAAAGCCGCGGGAGUGCCCUCCCGCUCAUUUUAUACAUAUUUUUAGAAACCAAAUGACCGCAGACAGCUAUGUAGUAUACUGUUUAGCCAGCGGACCUCUAAAGGCAAUAAAUAUAUGCAUAUAGAUGGAGGGGAGAGUGGAAGUGCAGGUUACAGCCAGCCAUGGUGAUAGCCCAGCCAUGGUGAUAGCCCUGCAGGGUAGCUCUGGCUCUUCACCGACCUAGAAGGAUUUGAGUUGCUGCAGCUUUAGACAGAAAAUGUCCACGUCUGCUGAUUGUGGGCCAUACAUAUGCUUUUAGUACUGCUUUGCUGAUGUAUAAAUAAGAAAUCUGUAAUAUGUACUAUAUGUAAUUAUUUUCUUUUGACUUUAUUUCAAAAUGUAUAUUUUCUGAUUAUUAUCAUGAGCUAUAAAGCAAAAAGAUCAAUAUCUGAUAUUCUCCCAAAUAAUAAAUUUUCAAGAUU